UGGAACAAAGGCCAGUGAAUGCAUUAUCACUGUACAUGAACAUGCAAGUAAAAUGACCAGUAACCUAUAGCCAAAAAUGUGAUCAGAAUUUAGUAGUGGGACAUCCCUAUAUUGGCGGAAGAACUCAGUAGUAGCCCCUGCUAUGAUUUACGUGUACUGAACCGCACCACGCAGCCUGGCUGGUGUUCCUCCACCUACAGCUGAAAAAAAGUAAUCCCCUCUGCGAUCAGAGGCGCGCUCAGUGUGGACUCCCAGUAGUCCUUAGUAGAGUAGAGGGUGAAGCAUAAGGAUCUAGCAUGCGAGAACAAUUAUAAUAAAUGGCUUGUUUCAAACGGAAACUAUAUCAGCGUUUGCUGGUUUUUGCAUUAUUUCUUCCAAUCUCAGGUGUCCUGUGUUUUAGUGAGCUAUUUUUCAUUAAGGAGCCCCAUGACGUGACAGUGAUGCGCAAGGACGCCGUCAUUUUGGACUGCCAGGCCCACGGGGAGGCCCCCAUCGCCGUCAAGUGGCUGAAGAACGGAGUACAUAUUGCAGAGAACGAUCGCGUGUACCUGCUGUCCAACAGCUCGCUGUACAUAGCCGAGGUGGAGAGCAGGCGGGGAGACAAAUCAGACGAAGGCUUCUAUCAGUGCCUCGCUCAGAACCAGUACGGAGCUAUCCUGAGUCAGAAAGCCCGCCUCACAAUCGCAAAUAUUUCACCUUUUACAAUCCAGCCGACAUCAAUCGUGGUGACAGAAGGGUCUGUGGCGCGGUUCUCCUGCAGAAUCACAGCCAGUCCUCCCCCCAUCAUCACCUGGGAGUUCAACAAAGUCACCUUACCCUUGGCCACAGAAAGAAUAACAGUGCUGCCCACCGGAGUGUUGCAGAUCCAGGGGGUGGAAGAGAGGGAUGCUGGGAAUUACCGCUGUGUGGCCACCAACAUCGCCAACCGACGCCGCAGCACAGAGGCCACGCUCACCGUCACGCCAGCCCCAGGCCCCCGUGUCCCCCAGCGGCCCCGCAUCAUCACGGGCCCCCAGAACCAGACGGUGUCGCUGCACCAGAGCGCCCUGCUGGAGUGCGUUGCGACGGGGAACCCCCGACCCCUCAUCUCCUGGAGCCGAGCCGACCACAAGUCCAUCGACGUAUACAACACCAAGGUGCUGGGCAGCGGCAACCUGCUCAUCAGCGACGUCAAGCCGCAGCACGCCGGGGUCUACAUCUGCAGAGCCACCACUCCCGGCACACGCAACUUCACCAUCGCCACGGCCAAUAUCACAGUGCAUGCUCCUCCAUCCCUGGUGGAGUGGCCUGAGAGUCUGACUCGGCCGCGUGCUGGCACUGCCCGCUUCGUGUGCCACGCGGAGGGCGUGCCCACGCCGCAUAUCACAUGGCUGAAGAAUGGGGAGAGGGUGCACUCCAACGGCCGCAUCAAGAUGUACCACAGUAAGCUGGUGAUUAACCAGAUCAUCCCGGAGGACGAUGCCAUCUACCAGUGCCAGGCGGAGAACACGUUGGGCUCGGUGCUGACCAUGGCGCGGCUCAUCGUGGUGAUGUCGGAGGACCGGCCCAGCGCGCCGCGCAACAUCCGCGCCGACACCGUGUCCAGCUCGGCCAUCUUGCUGGCCUGGGAGAGACCGCUCUACAACUCCGACAAGGUCAUCGCCUACUCUGUGCACUACAUGAAGGCAGAGGGCUUGAAUAAUGAAGAGUACCAAGUUGUCAUUGGCAAUGAUACCACCCGCUACAUCAUUGAUGAGCUGGAGCCGGCCAGGAAUUACACCUUCUACAUCGUGGCAUACAUGCCCAUGGGAGCCAGCCGCAUGUCCGACCACAUCAUACAGCACACCCUCGAAGAUGUGCCCCUGCGCGCCCCCGAGCUGAGCCUGACCAGCCGCAGUCCGUCGGACAUCCAGGUGUCGUGGCAGGCGCUGCCGCCCAAGCUGAGCCGCGGCCACGUGUCUGCGUACCGGCUGGCGUACCGCACCAGUGCGGAGAGCGUCGUGUCUCAGCUGGAGCUGCCGGGCAGCCACACGCAGCACCUGCUGGAGGGCCUGCAGCCCGACACCAUCUACCUCGUACGCAUCACCGCCGCCACCAAGGUGGGCUGGGGGGAGCAGUCCGCCUGGACCUCGCACCGCACGCCCAAGGCCUCCAGCAACAAAGUGCCCCUGGCCCCAGUGCUGCAGCUAGAGUCCCUGAACUGCACCACCAUCGUGGUCCACUGGAAGCUGUCUCCCGGCAACGCGGCGGGCGUCCAGGGGUUCCGGCUGUUCUACCACGAGGAGAGUCAGGCCGAGAGGGCCCCCAUCCAGCUGCGGCCCCAGGACAACCAAUACACCAUCGGGGGACUCGAUCCCAGGAAAAAGUACCAUGUGAAGCUGCUGGCCUACAACUUCAUGGGAGAGGGAUACCAGGCUGACCAGACCGUUAGCACCCCUGGAUGUGUCUCUGUCCGUGACCGCCUGGUGCCUCCUCCUCCACCUCCGCACCACCUCUAUGCCAAGACCAACAGCUCCUCGGCGGUCUACCUGCACUGGGGCCGGCCCGCCUUCACCUCCGGCCAGAUGGUCAACUACACCGUGCGCUGCAACCCCGUGGGCCUGCAGAACGCCUCUCUGGUGCUCUACCUGCAGACUGCUGAGCAGAACCUGUUAGUGCAGGACCUGGAGCCCAACACCCGUUAUGAGUUUGCUGUUCGUCUUCACAUGGAUCAGCUGUCCAGCCCGUGGAGUCCUGUUGUCUACCAGAGCACACAUGCCGAAGCGCCCACACAGCCUCCGUCGGGCGUGAAGGUGACGUUGAUCGAGGGUGACACCGCGCUGGUGUCCUGGAAGAUUCCGGACGAGCCCAACGUGGCCGUGACCCACUACACCAUUCUCUACGCCUCGCGCAAGGCCUGGGUGGCCGGGGAGUGGCAGGUCAUGCAGAGAGAAGGGAGCAUGACGAUGGCUCUGCUGGAGAAGCUGCAGCCUGGUAACAUCUACCUGGUGAAGGUGUCGGCCUCCAAUGAGAUGGGCGACGGGCCUUUCUCCAGCGCGGUGGAGCUGGCCGUGCAGACAGACGGCUCUUCCCCAGGUGUACCCCGGCGCUCACAUGGCUCUGGACACGCCACAGCGUACUCUGAUGGGCUUUACCACCUGGACCAGAAGUCAAUGACGGGCAUUAUCCUCGGGGUCUGUGUGGCACUCACCUGCAUCAUCAUCUGUGCCCUAAUCCUCGUCUGCAGGGGCAAGUCCAGCAAAUCCUGCACGACGAAAAGCGUGCGGCAAGGUGGAGGGCCGAUACCGGCGCUGUCUCACCUGGCCGGCGAGAUACAGGUGGAGAACGCUGAGGUCAUGGUGCCCAUGAUGAGUGAUCACUUUGUUGACGCAAAGGGUGGGACCAAUUUGAUCAUUAACAGCUACGGCCCUGUCAACAUCAGCCCUGAGAAACCGAAUAAGAAGAAGUGGUUCUUCUUUGAGAAGGAGGAGAAAGGCAAAGGACAGAACGUGAGGAAGAGCCACAGCAAGUGUUCGUACCAGCAGGGCAGCACUGUGCUCUGCUAUCAGGAGGAGGCGCACCAACCCACCUCCCUGCAGGUCCUCUUUGGCCCCUCAGGAGGAGGCGGUGGAGGAGGAGACACGGAGGGCUCCCAGAACAGUGAAGGCAGUCACGAGACCGGGGACUCGGGCCGCUACUCCCACGACGAGAUGGAGAUGACCAACCUGUCGUCGGGGGCGGGCAGUCGGCCGUGCUCUCUGCAGGGCGUGGAGAGCAGCAGCGGGUCCGAGGCGGGGGCAGAGGUGGAGUUGGAAGAGGUGGAGGAGGUGCAGAAGGAGGUCCGGUCGUGUGCCUUUGUGGUGGACAUGGGAGAAGCCACUGGAAGGGCCUGUGGGGGGCCGCAAGAGGUCCUGCAAAUAUCCCAGCCUGCACUUUCCCACUAGGAGUGUGAUACGCACUCCCCCUGCACCCCUAAAUACCUUGGAUCUAUGCUCCUUAUUUACCUCAGUCCUAGUAGUA